AUGGCUGUCAAUGAAUUUCAAGUGGAGUCUAACAUCUCUCCAAAACAACUGAAUAACCAGUCAGUGUCACUUGUUAUUCCUCGGUUGACAAGAGAUAAAAUUCAUAAUUCAAUGUACUAUAAAGUAAAUCUAAGCAACGAAUCUUUGAGAGGCAAUACAAUGGUAGAGCUUUUGAAAGUUAUGAUUGGCGCAUUUGGUACCAUAAAAGGUCAAAAUGGUCAUUUACACAUGAUGGUUCUCGGUGGCAUUGAGUUUAAAUGCAUCUUAAUGAAGUUAAUCGAAAUCAGACCGAAUUUCCAGCAGUUGAACUUCUUAUUGAAUGUAAAAAAUGAGAACGGUUUUGACUCGAAAUAUAUUAUUGCUUUGCUUCUGGUUUAUGCGCGGUUACAGUAUUAUUAUUUGAAUGGCAAUAACAAAAACGAUGAUGAUGAAAAUGAUUUGAUAAAGUUAUUUAAAGUACAAUUAUACAAAUAUUCACAGCAUUAUUUCAAACUAAAAAGUUUCCCACUACAAGUAGACUGCUUUGCUCACUCCUAUAACGAAGAACUUUGUAUAAUACACAUUGAUGAAUUAGUCGAUUGGUUGGCCACACAGGACCAUAUCUGGGGUAUUCCAUUAGGGAAAUGUCAAUGGAAUAAAAUAUACAACUCUGAUGAAGAGAGUAGUUCUAGCGAAAGCGAAAGUAAUGGUGACAGUGAAGAUGACAACGACACCAGCAGCGAAUCAUAG